AUGAAUCCGAACAUCACCCCUGUGCAGUGUUCGAUCCGGGAGUACCAGGCUGAGGAUAAAGACGCCGUCAUCUCAUUGUUUCGCAAUGGGAUUUUGGAACAUGUUUACCCAGCUUUCUUCAAGACCAUAAGCCACCCAGAUCAAAUCGGUGUGACCCUAAGCAUUUCCAUGGCAGGGUACGUGCUAGGUGGAAGCUCCUAUUUCAUGGCCUUACUCUUUGGAGGAGCGUGGGCUGGUCUCAUCUACUACUGCUGCUAUGAAAUAUACGAGGGCUACAGGCUAGGAAGGAUGGCCACGGACAUGGCCGACAUCCAGGCCAGCUUCCUAGACAACCCAGACAACGGCUUCUGGGUGGCGAAGGCUGAGGUCAACGGCAAGUCCAAGGUGGCUGGGCUGGUGGCGGUAGUGGGGAGGAGGGGAGGGGACGAAAGGGGAGAUGGCUGGAAUGGAGGGCUUUUGAGUGGGGUCGAUGAGAUAGGCCAAGAUGAGAGAGAUGGAAGCUACGGUGAGGUGCCCCACUUGAUCGUGUCGUUCGCGUACCGCAAAAAAGGCCUUGGUUCCCAACUGGCUCAUAAGGUCAUGGAGUUCUGCAAGGAUCGUGGCUUCUCUCGUGUUGUCCUGGAAACCAGCUCGCCGCAGACAGCAGCCAAUGCCCUCUACAGCAAACUAGGCUUCAUUCAAACCUCCUGCCACAGUAACACACACGUUAACCACUGGUUCUCCAAACUGGCCAAUAUCCAAGUGAUGCAUAUGGAGAAGUACAUCUAA